AUGGAGCCCGAAGUCCCGACACACACUCCCGGUACGCCUGUGGAUGGAACCACGACGCCUCCCGUCCCCCAGCCGGAGGCUGAGGCCGGCCCCUCGACGACGAUCAGGCAGUCUGUUAUCGACAAGUGGCUGAACCCGGCUGGACCGCCAAAGGGCACCUCCUUUGGAGCGAGGAAGCUGCAGGAGUCCGACGAUGUUUUCAGCAACAAUGCUUGGGACCACGCCGAGCUGCCAGACGAUUUCGAGGAGCGCGCGGCCGAGAUCAUGGAACAGCACCGCAACUCGCCUGUGCCGGAGGACAAGACGAAGGAGUACAACGGCAAGCCGGCCAAGUUCUGGGACAAGUUCUACUCGAACCACAAGGAUCAGUUCUUCAAGAACCGCCGCUGGCUCCCGCUCGAGUUCCCCGAGCUCGUCAUGUGCUGUGAGCCGGAUGCCGGCCCCAAGCUCGUGCUCGAGGUGGGCUGCGGAGCGGGCAACACCGUCUUCCCUCUCCUCAUGCACAACGAGAACCCGGACCUCAAGAUUGUCGCGACUGACUACUCCGCCCAGGCCGUUAAGGUCGUCCAGUCCUCUGAGCUGUACCCGAAGGCCGAGCACGGCAUCGGCGAGAUCCGCGCCGCCGUCUGGGACAUCACGCAGAAACCCGCCGAGGGAAGCGGCGUUACAUACGCUCUUCCUGAGGGUGUUGAGCCCGGAACUGUUGACGUUCUGACUGUUGUCUACGUUCUCUCGGCGCUUCACCCCGACGAGUGGAAGCAGGCGGUGCACAACCUCUAUUCGGCGCUGAAGCCUGGUGGUCUUCUGCUCGUUCGUGACUACGGCCGCCAUGACCUCGCUCAGCUCCGCAUCAAGAAGCAGCGUCUUCUCGACGUCCCCAACCUCUACAUCCGCGGUGACGGCACACGCGUUUACUUCUUUGAGAAGGAGGAGCUGGGCAACAUGCUCACUGCUGCUCCUUGGGGACAGGAGGAGGGUCACAUGUUCUCCAUCCAGCAGCUGGCCGAAGACCGCCGCCUGCUCGUGAACCGGAAAGAGCAGCUUAAGAUGUACCGCAUCUGGCUCCAGGUGAAGGCCACUAAGCUUGCGUGA